UUCACUUGUUUCUUAUUUGGUAAUAUGUAAUUGCACCCACUAACCAAAUCUGCUUAGAGAAUAGUUAAUAUAUUCAACCAACGUAGCGCUGGCGGUAUAGUCGCCAAUUAUCUGAUAGAAGCGGGACCUACGAAGUUCUCUGUGCAAUCAAGCAAAUUCAGUUUCCUUUCACGGCGAAGGUAGACGUCUACCCAAAAAAAGCAAGAGGCAAGCUGCCGGUGCCCUAAGUACUUGCACCAAAUUCCCCGUUGGCCUGAUUUCAUUCAAAAUUAGAUGAAGACUGACAAAGCAGUCGUGGUCAUGCUGAACAAACGACAAAGUGCAACUACUUCUAAACAGAAAGAAAAGCUUGAGGAAACGUUAAAGUCGCUGAUAUUACAAAUAACCUCCCUUUCAAGAGAUGUGUUCGUCAAAAGAGUCGACCAAAUUCCGACCGUAUUGGAAAACAAUAAUCGGGCACUGCGACUCUUGAAUGAAGCCGCCCAAUUUGUUCAAAUUGAGCUACAGAAGUGUUCUCGUCCUAAAUUGGCACCCGAAGCCGAACAUCGACGGGCCCUUCGUCGGUCUAUCUUCUCGUGGGAGCUUAUUCCUGGUAUCAGCUCUACAAAACACUGUCUCUCCCCGCUAGACUUGGACGAUGCUGAUAAGCUACUGGAAUAUGCGCUAAAAACAAGAAACGGCGUCUUGAUAAUAGGUAAUAGCGGCCAAGGCAAAACAAUGCUAAUUCGUUUCGUCCUGCAAAAGAUCGCUCGGGUGUCGGUGUACGUAGAUACACGAGAUAUUGUCGAGUUGAACCUCAUAUUUAAUCGAUUUGCAGAACUACGCUCCGCAGUGCUUGUUCUAGACAAUGUAGAGUUAUUUCAUUGUCGAGCAAUCCGACAGAAUCUUCCUACUAUUCGACAACACAACGUAAUAUGUGUGAUAACCUCAGACGAUGAGGUUUUAAACCAGCUAUCCGACCUAAUGUGUUCAAUGAGGAUUCCGGAUCCAUGUGCACAGCAUUUGGCCCGAUUGUACACACUGCUGGUACGUGGUUUCCAUUCGACACCGAAAUGCAUACUUCCAUCAUGUCGUACUCGAUUAGCUAUUGUCCGCUCGCUUCAGAUGGAAAUGCUUGACACUAACGUGAUGAAGAAGGGCGAUUACGUUGAAGCGAGUUCGGAGCCACCAGGCCCUCCGCAGCCGCCUGACGUAAGUGAAGAACAUCCAGGUGCUUAUUAUGUCAAUAAAUGCUUGGCGAGUACAGAACAGUUUCGCAAACUAGAACGGAAUACACCACCACGGAAAAGAACAAAAGGCAAAAAGCCUUUAAAGAAAAAGAAAAAGACAAAAAAGAAAGAUCAGAGAAAGCCGAAAAGCCGUAUGAAAGAGUGCUUUACGGUUUGACUUACGAUGACGAUACUUCGUAGAAAAUUUCUGUGGAAAGCGUCAUACCGGCAGUGGAAAAUUCGGGCAACCCACCCAUUUUAACAACGACACGAUAAAUAUAGCGAGAGGCGUGGCUAAUGUGCGACUUUGUCACUAUGUGUCUGUAGGUAUGUGUCUGAGAUUUAAUGAAGCAACAUCACGUACGGCGUAGUAAGCCGAGCGGGAAUUACACGCUUUCGACGACAUACUGCUCCAUGAUU